AUGGAUGACGACGACCGACCGAUGCCCAUGAGCGUGCUCCUCGGUCCGCCUACCGGAACUGAGACCGCGCCAUGGUCUCCAGUCCAGUUCGUGCAGGAAGUCAAAGAUGUCACUCGCGACCGGUACGUUGAGUGCGAAAAGAGCGGAUGGUUCGCCAAAGCUGGAGGAUGCAAAGCCGUCAUCAAACAACGGGCCGAGACGGUACUCAUCGCCGUAUUCGAGCUCAAAGAUUUCGUUAGCGAAGGACUAAAGUACGAUGUCACUGGAUACGGUGCGACAGCAUGA